CCUAUAUAUGCAUAAUACAUCCACCCUAUACUCAGACGUACAAAGAAAGCAAAAACAAAAAGAAAUCGGAACAACACGAUUAUUUACUGCCUCCAUAGAAAGAGAGGAAAAGAGAGAGGAAAGAAAGAACAAACGCCGGAAGACCGGAGCCAGGCCGCCGGACUGAUUUCCACCCCGGAAAUAGAACGGAUGGAAACUAAGAAACGUUGCUGCUAUCACCAGAGAAAAGACCGCCACUACUGCAGUAUAACAAUUUAUUCCCAAACAAUUUAUUGCUUCAUAAGUGCAUCCCAUGCGACGCAAGGGUGAAAAGCUAGUUACGUAGUAUAACAAAAGUACUUUAGAUACGGUAACUAUAAAGGUUAUCAAAUCUAGUCUUGUAGCUUGUGAACUAUUACGGAGUAUGUCACAAUUUUAACAUAUUUUUCACAUAUCUUCAAUUAUUCAAUAUUGAUGCCGUAAACGGUAAAAAUUAACAUUUUUUAUAUAAAACUACUAUUCAAAUCAGGGUUCUAUCUUUAGCGUCAGUACGUUACUACUUUAUUUAGAGUUUAGAAUGCCAAUUUCCAAUAACUAAAUUUUAAUUGUCUACUUAAAUUAUUCAUAUUUACCACAAACGCAUGCUUUUAAUUUAUUAAAUAUACAUGUCUCAAUUAAUAUAUUAAUUAGGUCUCUAACUGAAAUUACAAACGCAUACUUUAGCUAGGGCUGAGCAACCGCUUGAAAUGGAUUUCUUCUAAGUUUUUCCAACUUUUACUGAUUUCGGAACAAAAAUAGCUGGUAUUUGUAAGAAGCAUAGGGAAUGGAGGAAGAUUUGGUCACUAUCAAUACCGCCAAAGAUUCAUACAUUGAUGUGGAGACUCGGUCAAGACUGUACUGAACAGGAGUCAUCUCAGGGAGAAAGGUAUUCCUUGCCUGAAUAUGUGCAUAAACUGUCUUUGAAGCCCGGAAAACAAUUGGUAUGUUUUUUAGUGAGUCUGGAUAGUCACUUGCUGGCAGAAAGUAGGCAUGUAGAAUACCUUCGAGUUGGCUAUGCUCUGGGAGAAAGUUUUUUCGAUUUGUUCGUGGAUGUCUUCACCAAUUUACCAAAUGAACAACUCUGUACUUUUGCUAUGAUGGCAUGGAGUAUAUGGAGGAGUAGAAACACUCUUUACUGGGAGGGUAACUAUGAGAAUGACCAGCAAGUGAUAUUUCAUGGGACAGAAGUCCUGAAUAGCCUAGUAAGGUUUAUUGGCAGGCCUCACACCAAAUCGUGUGCUAGCUUAGCUGCUGUAAAAUGGAUCCCCACCACCUUUCACGUACUAUUCACUUUUAUCCCCCCGAACUUUACAUUUUCAUCUGUAAGAACUAUAUUGGAA